CUUAGAAUCUUAUUACAAUAGUUACAAUAGGCAGUAGAGGUGGUAAAUAACUGAUCAGUUGGGCCUAAAAGCGGAGUUUUGUUUGUGUAAUUUAUGUAGGGUUGAAAACAUAAAACUUGAUUCGGCCAUUACUAGUUAAAUGAAAUAUUCACAGUAAUAUGUAAUGUGUUGAAAAGUAAAAAUUAUCAACAAAACCAUGAGCAAACCUGCGGAUGUUCUUGACAAGUGUUAGUGUGUAUUCUGUCAUUUGUGACGCGACUGUUCGUUUUUACGUAAUAAAUAUGUGUAUAUCCUGCAAAUAAGGACUCAUUCUAUAUUUAGCAAUUCAAAUAUUUUGCGCAAAUUGCAACAAAGAAACGUGUAAAAGGCAAACAUAUAAGAAAUAAUUCUGGCCUCUACGAGCGAGUCUUCGGGGGAAGACGACGGUGGACAGCCGCCUCGUAAAAAAUCCCGAAUAGACGUCAAUUCUUGUGUAGAAAGUAUGCAGUCACCUGGUAAUGUUUGUGUGCAAAAUGGUGCUUCGAAUCCUAGUAAUGGUUCAACUGAAAACGGACAUGGAGAUUCGGAAGCUAUAAAUAAUAAUGCAGACCUAAUUAACACUGUUAUUGUAGAUCAAACUAAUCAAGAUAUAGUGCGUCUUAUUGGACAAUACUUAUCAAAUGAAGGUUUGAAUCGUACCGCCGAAUCCUUGAUGGAUGAAUCAGGAUGUCGUUUAGAUCAUCCGUCUGCAGCGAAAUUUCGGCAGCACGUCAUGGAUGGAGAUUGGAAUAAAGCCGACCAUGAUCUGCAAGAAUUGAAGCCACUAUUGGGAGAACAGUUAAAUUUAGUGGAAAUGAAGUUUCUUCUGUUGGAACAAAAGUAUCUUGAAUAUUUGGAAGACGGAAGAGUGCUUGAUGCGCUUCAUGUUUUAAGAAAUGAAUUAACUCCACUUCAACAUAAUACUUCUCGGGUGCAUCAAUUAUCCAGUUAUAUGAUGUGUUCAAAUACAGAGGAAUUACGGUCUCGUACAAAUUGGGAAGGAAAAGGACCGAAUUCUCGAAAGUGUUUAAUGGAUAGGCUUCAAACGUUUUUACCUGCAAGUGUCAUGCUGCCACCAAAUAGAUUACUUUCCCUUUUACAUCAAGCGUUAGAGCUUCAAGCUCUUCGCUGUAAACACCAUAAUACUUCGUUAGAUAUAAGACUCAACACUGCCUCUUUGUUAACGGAUCAUUGCUGUGCUAAAGAUUCAUUUCCUACCCAUACUGUACAAAUUCUAAACGACCAUUGUGACGAAGUUUGGUUUUGUCAAUUUUCACCGGAUGGCACUAAACUUGCUACAUGUUCUAAAGAUACCAACGUGAUUAUAUGGAAUGUAUAUCCAGAGACGUGCACCAUUUCCUUGAAAAAAACAUUGGAGGGCCAUUCAUAUGGUGCUGCUUACCUGGCAUGGAAUCCUGAUUCUAUCCAUUUAAUUGCAUGUGGACCAGAGGAAAGUCCAGAAGUUUGGUUGUGGAAUGUUGAAACAGAGAAGUGUCUUAAGGUGUCACAUUCUCCUGAUGAUGUGUUAACAUGUUGUGCAUGGAAUAAGGAAGGAAAUAAAUUUGUGGUAGGGGGCAUAAGAGGUCAUUUUUAUCAAUGUGAUAUGGAAGGAUCAAUAUUGGAUACUUGGGAAGGAGUUCGAGUUAAUUGUUUAGCAUAUCGAGCGGACGGAAAGAAUGUUCUUGCUUCCGACACUCAUCAUAGAAUUCGUAGUUAUAAUUUUGAAGAAUUAUCCGACCAUAACGUUUGCAGGCUUCAAGAAGAGCAUCCUAUUAUGGCAUUUUCUGUAGAUAAGAAUGAUAGAUUAGCUCUGAUUAAUGUAGCAACUCAAGGUGUUCAUUUAUGGGAUUUACAGGACCAUUGCUUAGUAAGACGGUUUCAGGGCGUAACUCAGGGACAUUUCACAAUUCAUUCUACUUUCGGGGGCCAUAAUCAAGAUUUUGUUGCCAGUGGAAGUGAAGAUAAUCAAGUAUACAUAUGGCAUGUAAGAAAUGAACUUCCAAUAGCUACACUAUCUGGACAUACACGAACCGUUAAUUGUGUUGCCUGGAAUCCUGUGUAUCACAAUAUUAUGGUAUCAGUUUCUGAUGACUGUACUAUAAGAGUUUGGGGUCCUAAGGAUAAAUUGCCUAAACCGUCAGUGUCUUCGUCUAACAGUACCAACUCAAGCAAUAGUAACUCAUGGAAUGAAAUGGUUUCAUAGCAGAAUAGCACAUCAAUGGAAGACUGACUUGCAAUACAAUCCUGAGGUUGCGUUAUUUGGCCGGUUCAAUUUUUUAUAAAACUAUCUUACUGGUAGUUGCUGUUGCCAUUGAAGGGAAUUUAUUGAUGACAUAAUUACAUUUCGUAGUUUUAUUUUAUAUAACAAGAAAAUAUUUAAGGAAAACUAUUAACGUUUUAUAAAUUAAAAAAUAACACUUGACAUAAAAAUUUACACAUGAAAAGGCUUCACACUAUACAACGUAUGUUAACUUUAAAUAAAUUGAAAUAGUAUUAGUGACAGCAAAUCAUUAAAAAUAAAGAAUAUUUUAUAUUGUAAUAGGAACCAUAUGUGACCUGUUUGUGGAAGAAAGUUGAGUUUGUAUUGCCAAAUUUUACAUAGAAAUAAUUUUCAGGUUUAAUUUGGAUAUGUAUUAUAAAUGAAUGUGUUUCUGAAGUAUGCUAUAUGAAAUUAAUGAAGUAUAUUUUUUUUUCAUCUUUCAUUUAACAAAGGAAACUUAAAUUUCAGUCUGUUGGAAUAUGGCGUGUGAUUAAUUUAUAGUGCAUUUUAAUAAAGUAUAUUAUUAACGA